CCUUCAUAGAGAACAAAUUGGUUGAAAUGUAAAGACUGUUGUUGUUAGGGAAAACAUAAGACAAGUAAGGGAUGCAUAGAUUCAGCAUCUGAAUCAGACAUGGAGCUAGAUAACCGGAAAAGUGAUCAGGGCAGCAAUGCACCAUUUUCAUCCAAUCUUCAGCUCUAUUCUCACUGCCAUAGCUCUUGCUCAUGGCGUAUCCGCUUUGCUUUAUGCCUCAAAGGAAUUCCGUAUGAGUAUAAAGAAGUGGACCUAGCAAAAGGAGAGCAGUACAGUCCAGAAUUUGAGAGAUUGAAUCCUCUGCACUAUGUUCCAGUAUUAGUUGAUGAUAAUGUAGUGGUUUCAGACUCUUAUGCAAUAUUUCUGCAUUUGGAGGAAAAAUAUACGCAGAAGCCACUGUUGCCAGUUGAUCCACAGCUCAGAGCUCUGAAUCUUCAGGUAGCAAGUAUUGUUCAUUCCAGUAUACAGCCUCUUCACAUGCUUACUGUUCUGAAAGAUAUGGAAAAAAUGUUUGGUGAAGAAUCAAAACCGUGGGCCCAGUUUACCAUUAACAAAGGUUUCUCAGUUCUCUUGCUUUCACUUGAACGAUGUCCAGCUCUUGAAAAGCUACUGAAGGAUUUUGCUGCAACAUAUGCCACAGGGGAACGUAUCUACAUGGCUGAUAUAUUUUUGGCACCACAGAUAGAACAGGCAGUUCAGAAGUUUGGUGUCGAUAUGUCCAAAUUCCCUACCCUGAGUAGGUUGUAUGAAACAUACAAAGCUUUGCCAGAGUUUCAAGCCUCAUCACCCCAAAGACAAUUUGAUGCCUUCAUUCACAACCCUUGACUUCUUCAGCAUCUGAAAUUUCUAUGCUGUUUAUGCAGAAUUAUUUAAAGACUCAACAGAGAUAUAAAAAGUAAUUUUGCCAAUAUUUUUCUAUGAAUGUGUGCAAUGUAAUUUAACAUUUAACUCCUUUUAAAGUGAAUAUUUGUGUAAAGUGAAAAAAAAAAUUAUUUAUCAUUAUUCAUACGUUAAUUAAGAUCAUGAAGUAU